GACAUCAAGCUGCCCUGUGACUUUUUGUGGAUCUCUCAGCUGCAGGGUUAUAGAAAUAUCAUAUAGUCAUUGGUUCUUGAUUUGAUGAUUCAUGGUUUCGUGCUUCCUGAGCUGCUUCCAUAGUUUUGCUCCGAAGCUUUCAAGCAGUCAGAAACAGCCACCUACGGCUGGCCGAAGACUUGGAUCCAUGGUCGCCACCACUCAAAGCCAGUUCCACGAGCGGCUUUUGCAUGCAGCAGUGGCAUCCGCAUGGUCCAUCGCCGCAGAGGAGGAUCCGCCAUUGCCUGGAUCGCCUGAAUACGUCGGAAGCGACGUGGCCAGGCUCGCUGCCAGGCCUUUCAGCCACAGCUUUCUGGCGCCAAGCCAGGCAAGCUCAGUGCCCACAGGGCGUACUGCAUCUGCACAGCGCUGUCACUUGCAUCAGCGGGCACAUCCUGGGUGCCAACGAUGCGCGGAAUGGAAGCGCCAUGGAAGUGCUGAGACGGAGAGUUUUCGUCACGCCAAGCAGAGACCACACCAGGCGUCCAAGGUGGCCCAGUUUGGACGGGACCAGAACGACGUGUGCAAGAACGAGUACUUGGUCCGGAGACGAGGACUGGGAGCAGCAGUUGGGCUUCAACACGCGGCUGCAGAGCCAAAUCUUUCAGUCGGACUAUUUCAGAAGCAUGCAGCACCACGUCACCAACGUCGAAUCCCUGGUGGAGGAGAUUCUGACUCAUGCAGAUCAUGCGGAGUCCUACACACCGAAUUCGAACAACACCAUGCCUUCCACACUCCUUUGUUGCGUAUGCCGCCUGGCCCAGUUGCAGCCUUCGAAGGAUCAGUUGCGCGACCUCGUCGGCUUCCGAGCCGCUGCACGCACGGGCUCGGCCUACGUGCGCGCGGUCGCGCUGCUGCACCUCCGCUUCAACUGCCCGCCCACAGAGGCCUGGCGUUGGCUGCGAAACUUCCUCUUCGACACCGAGGUCUUCAGGCCAACCGGCGGCCCUACCUCGGUUCCGAUGUCCAUGGGCGACUGGGUGGAGCAUUUGCUGACAGAUGACAAGUACUACGACACGGUGCUGCCACGUUUGCCCUUGGGCUUGAAGAGGGAGAUGGCCUUGGAAUUGGUUCAGCUGCCGGAGCUUCGCCAGGCCUAUUCCAAGCACCGCUGCCGCUUCGAUCAGCAUCGCCUCAUCGGUGCCCGUGUGCGGGUGCUGCGGGGCACGACCUGGCACUAUGCACAGGUGCUUUCUUCAUGUGUGAUGGGCCGUUCGCUCGUCGUGGACGUUCAGCUGGAGGACGGUUCACAGGAGGAAGUACCUUGUGGGCUGGUGCGCCUUCAGGAGCCACGGCCACGCGGCUCGUGGCAGCGCUCGAGAUCUCCCAAGUUGCAAGGUUCUCCCAGGACCGAAGAAAAGCUGCGUGAGGAGUACCUGCGGCGCGAUCGGGAGAAGGCGGUGACGGAAGACAAGAAUGAUUACUUCAAGCCAAUUCCCAAGCUCAAGAAGAUGCUGAUGACCAAAGACCAGAGUCUACGCAACGUGGCGCCCGAUCGCGUGGGUGUCACACCUGUGGUGAAGCUGCUCAAGGAGCCCAGGGAGCCCAAGGAGGUGCACCGAGAACCGCGGGAAGCGCCAAGGGGUGAGACGUCCUCACGGCAGUUGCUCUUGGAGGUUGUCCAGAAGUACAGCUCCGGCAGCGCGGCUCGACAUGACCGAUUGGAAUACCACGACUGGCAUCGGGCCGUGAACUCCGGAAAUGAGGUUCUCGCGCCAGAGACCAUCCGCCUCGGCUGAAUGGGCUGACCGAUCCUGUGAAGAUUGUGAAGGGGCGUAUCGAAUCCGAAUCGUUUGAUCUAAAGAACUUUUUCACAACCGCAUCACGCCUUUCGUGUACGGUCGU